AUGGCGCCGCAGCUGGGGCGGCUGCAGGCGGAGCUGCGCCGGGCGCGCCAGGAGCAGCGGGCGGCGCUGCACGCGAACGAGGCGGGCGCGCCGCCGCCAGCUGAACCCAAGCAGUGCAAGGCCACACUGGAGGUGUUGAGGGCGUCCCUUAAGGCUUUGCAGCAGAGACUCACGGAGAUGGGCCAGCCGCCGAAGUGUCGGGUCCCCCAGGCUAGCCAGGUAAUGUACGUUCUGGACUCGUGCUCGCGGACACCGUUCAACCGAUUGUACGAGGAUGCGUUGAGGCGCCGCGAGCAGCUCGCCCAGUGGCCGCCCUCGGCGCAGGACGGCGCGUCGUACUCGGGCUUCCCCAUCACCGCGCGCACGCUGCGCGGGAGGUCGCAGUCCGAGCCGCCCAUGACCUUCAUGUCCGAGGAGGUCCACGACAUGCUGGUGGCGAACGCGUGCAGCUCCACAGUCGCGUAG